AUGCAAGCCCACUGUCUCCUAUUAUUUCAAUGAUCUCCCUCCACCUUCCCUUCUUCCACCGCCGAGCGCUCUCUCACGUUAUGCUACUUCUCACAGUGCGGGUUGGUAGCAGCAGUCGUAUGCUCUGGUGGAGCAGUCGGAUGCUUGGUGGGAUGCUUGCGAGACAAGCAAUCCGUUCCGGUCACUAUUGAAAAAGAGAAAGGGGCGGUGAUACAUGAAGAGACAUGGCUUCUAAAGAGAUAACUGCCUCUUGUUUUGUCAGUGUGAGCAGGGAUAUUACAGAGAGUAUCAGGAAGAUUAUUGACAAGUCCUCAACCAAGUUUAUACGCGGCAUUAAGCUUGAAACCAAAAAUGGCAAAUCAGAGGAUAGGAUACUGGUUCUCACUACAUGGAGACUCUAUCUCCUGGUUGCCAAGGUUCCAACAAAGAUAGAGGUGACAUUUAACUUCUUGGAGAUCCGAGCCAUGAACAGUCACCCAGAGCAUCAAGUCGUCAUAGACACGGACAAGUCCACUUAUUCCUUGUGGCUACAGUCACGUGACCACCUCAGUCAUGUGGUCAGCCAUGUUAACUUUGCCCUGUCCAGAAUAUUUAACAACUCUGUGUUUGCUCCCUCCAUCUGUCAUUCAGACAGUGAACUUUCUGAGGGAAGCAGGAAGUACUCCCCCAGCUCAGAGACGUCUAUGGAAACCCAGAGGGCCUGUGGAGGGUUUUCGGAGACCUACGCUGCCCUGUGUGACUAUAAUGGAAUCAGCUGCAAGGAGGAAGUGCAGUGGGAUGUGGACACUAUCUAUCACUCCCAAGACAACAGGGAGUUUAAUCUAGUGGACUUCAGCCACCUGGAAAGCAGGGACUUGGCAGUUAUUGUGGCAUCAAUGGCGUACAAUACCUGGUUCACCAAACUAUACUGUAAGGACAUACGCAUAGGGUCAGAGGUCACUGAGCAGGUUCUGCACACCCUCAGUAAGUCCUCCAGUCUGGAAGAAAUCACUCUGGAGAAUGCUGGGCUCAAAUUUGACUUUCCUCAGAAGCUGUCAGUUGCGCUCUCAGAGAAUCCUGCUUCUGUCAUCCACUCUCUGAAUCUGGCCCACAACACACUGGACAACCAAGGUGUGGCUAACCUCAUCCAGCAAGUGUGUCGCCUCAGCAAAGGACUGCGUCUCCUCAACCUCUCCAAGACCUUCAUCAACUCCAAAGGUGUGGUGUCUCUGUCUCAGGCUCUGUGCUCCAGUGAUGAGUAUUCUAACUCUCUGCUGCACCUGGACCUGAGCAAGAACCCUGGGUUCCUGUCUGGGGAGGAUGCCUCGAAUCUGUGCCUGUUCCUGUCCCAGCCUAAUUGUCUGGUCCAUUUGGACCUGUCUGGCACUGACUGUUCUGUUGACUCGCUAUUUGGGGCUCUGCUGAAGGGUUGUUGUGCCGAUCUCUCCUACUUGAAUCUCUCCAAAAAUACCUUCUCCCACAGGAAAGUGAAGGAGACCCUGCCGUUGUUCCGUCAGUUCUUCAGCUCGGCCUUCAGUCUCACCCAUGUCAGCCUGGCCUCUAUGAAGCUGCCCCCUGAGGCCCUGAGGUCUCUCUUCAUCGGUCUGACCACAAACCCUCACAUCAAUGACCUACACCUGGACAUUAGUGGCUGUGAGCUGAAAUCUGCAGGAGCUUCUGUGAUCCAGGAGCUGUUCCCUAGGCUCUCCUCCAUCGCCACUCUGGACAUCUCGGACAACGGGCUGGAUGCAGACCUUCUCUCAGUUCUACCAGCUCUCUCCAGACACACCUCCCUAAAGCACCUGUAUCUGGGCAAGAACUUCAACAUCAAGAGCAGGGUGCUGGAUGAAAUCCUACACAAGCUGGUCCAACUCAUACAGGAGGAGGAGUGUGCCCUCCAGUCCCUCUCCCUGGCUGACUCGCGGCUGCGUUCUCGGGGCACAGUGCUGGUAAACGCUCUGGGCAGCAACACCUGUCUGCGAAAGGUGGACCUGAGUGGGAACAGCCUGGAGGACAUUGGAGCCAAGAUGCUGAGCAAAGCCCUACAGAUCAACACCACACUCAGGAGUGUGACGUGGGAUCGUAACAACACCUCAGCUACAGGAUUCCUGGAUGUGGCUCGAGCCCUUGAACAUAACUUCACCUUGCAGUACAUGCCCCUCCCCCUCAGUGACAUCAGCCAGGCGUACCGUAGUACCUCGGAGAGGACAGAGCAGGCACUGACCAAGAUCCAGCGUGCUCUGCUGCGGAACAACCAGACUCAGCGCUUCUCUCAGAGACAGGCUCUACGGCUGCACCAGGGCCUGGUCACCAGCACUGCUGAACAGGUGAUGGAGCGUCUGAGUGUGUGUGUGCAGCAGCAGGUGUGUGUGCUGCGUGGAGUAGGGGAGAUGGAGGAGAUUCAAGCUGCUAAACAGGUGCUGAAGGAGGCCAGAAACUCCCGUGCGCUGUACCCCUCUCUCUGUGAGCUAGCUCAUGUGCUGUCAGUAGACGGGCCAGUCAGACAGAGACUGGACCAACUGGCAGGGGAACUGACCAAAGCAGCUGACAAGGAACUACAGGUGAUUGUUGAUUCCAUGGUGUCUCUCUGUCGUGAGUUGUGCCCGCUGUCGUCCUCUGCAGCGGAGAGAUUAAGUCCUCCGCUCUCGUCUGUCUCGGAGCGCGUCUCCAUCCCUCGCGCCGCCAUCCGCACAGCCUUGAUGGAGAGAGCAUCACAGGACAUUCACCGAGCGCUGGAGGAGGUGAAGCUCUCAGUGGUCACCUAUCUCACCAACUCCAUCGUGGAUCAGAUCUUGCAGGAGCUCUACGCCACUCACAAGACUCUGACGCGUCGUGUGUCCCAGGUGAAGCGCUGGGAGGUAACAUGUGACGGAGGAACAGGUCUGAGGUCACACAGACACAGAGACUCUCUGGACCUCACAGAUGAUGAGAUGGGCACCAGUAUAGUGAGCAUUGACACAAUUGCCAUUAAGAAGCAUAGCUCUAGAACUAGACGUAUUCGACCUGUCUCUACCAGGCUGAGUCAGUGUGAUGACUCCAGCUCCUCCCCACCCCCCUCUGCAUCCUCUUCUUUCUCUUCUUUCUCGGCCUUCUCUCGCUCUACGUCCUGGGAGGGGCUGUCUGAGCUCCCUACCCAAGGUGCACCUCUCCAUCAUGUGACGCGGGUUAGGCCGAGGCCCCCACGGAGGCACCGAGCAGGACAUGCCCCCUCUGACACAAGCAGUGGUUCCCAAACUGCUUAUAGUCCCGUACCCCUUCAAACAUCCAACCUCCAGCUGCGUACCCCCUCUAGCACCAGGCAAAAUGGAGCUGUCACCCCUAUUGAUCAUGGACUCCCAGAUUUCUACACCAAGAGAGUGCUCCCUGAUAGUCAGUUGUCCUCUCUCCAUAAAGCCCACUCCCUCAGACGAAAGAAGAGACGCAAUAUGCUGGCCAUCUUUGGUUUCCGUAGGAACCGCAACUCAACGCUCUCCAAUCAGGGGCCAGAUUCUGGCGGAGACGGAUGUGGGGAAGAGUGUCGCACUGUCACCAUGGCACCCACAGGGACAGCCACUGAGAAUGUCUACACACUGCUGCAGCCCCCUCUCUCUGCUGCCAGGGCAGGCUCUCCUGGUGAGGGGGGUGAUGUGGAGGACCAGAGGUUGGAGGAGCCAGUGGGCCUGAGCCUGCAGCCAGUGCAGAGCAUACCACCACAGCCUGGCAUGCCAGGUAGAAGACACCCCUUCUACUCACUCAGCCAGCAAUCAGAGCUAGAAACAAAGCACGAGCAACCUGCAGAUACAGACAGACAGGUGGACAGACAGUGGACAGAAGACAGAUGGGUGGACAGACAGUGGACAGAGGGGAAUCACACAGACAGAGAGAGAACAUUAAUAAGACCGGCUGACAGACAGGCUGAACGGCACUGGCCAGAGGACAGACUGUCAGACAAAACAUGGACAGAGGGAAGAACGGCAGAAAGACAGAUGGACAGAUAUUGGACGGAGAGCAGGCAUACAGAUAGACACAUGGAAAGACAGUGGACAGUUGACAGACACACACCGAGACAGAUCGACAGACAGUUUGAUCGAGAUAGACAGUGGACGGUGAGCAGACAACAGACAGACAGAACGUGGGCAGAGGGUCGACCGAAAGACAUACAGAUAGACAGACAGUGGAUAGACAGCAGGCAGUCAGGCAGACAGAAUGACAGACAAGCCCAGGGACAACAUCUGGCUCAGAGACCUCUGCCCCCUUACCCAUCAGACAGGACUCCAUCACCUAAAAGUGAGACUGACUCUCAGAAAAACAUGGACAGACAGAAGUACUCUGACACACAGACGGACAGGCACCUGCGCUCAGACACUGCUGUAGGACAGGUGGAAGGGUGGAGGGAUGGAGGAGGGGUUCCCCCUGGACGGGUUUCUACGAGUGCAUCUAAACCAGACCCUCCUUCCCAGAGCAGCAAACCCAACCUGUCCAAACUGAGACAGAGACAUCUACAGGAGAGCUCUGAGGAGGAAGCAGGCGGAGAGAGGGAUUGUGGAAGAAUGGAAAGGAAAGAGAGAGAGAGAGACAGAGAUGCAGAGGGACAGCCUCCUCCCAUUCCUGAAAAGCCAAAGACAUCAUCCUAUGUGUCUUCUCCAAACGAGUAUGCCAAUGAAAGGCCGAUCCUGCCUUCUGCACCAUCUGCAUUCAGAAAGCCAUUGCUGGGAUUGGCCUACAGGGCUGUCAGCCAAGGUGAGGAAGCAGUGAGGCCUCAAGCCCCCGUGAAACCCCAGAGGAACAGAAAGGCUAUGUCUUGUGACACAGGCACUGACAGGGAUAGCCCUAAUAAUCUUGAGAAGCCCCUAAAUCGCAAACCCCCUGUGAAAAAACCUAGACUACCCCAGAACAGAAACAAAUCCUUGGACUAUCCUGACAGUGUCAACUUAGCGUCUGGUAACAGCAAGCUGUUGUGAUGGCGAUGGAAUUCAGCUGCUUCCGACUGACCAACCAGAGGGUUGUCAUGACAACUGGGCAGCAUUUUGUCCAAUGUGAAGAGGAGAGAGACAGGAGGGAAAAUCUAGACUAGAGAGAGAGGGGACCCAGAUAGAGGGGGAGGGAAAGAUAAAUGGCUGAGAGUGCUAAAUGAUAAGGACAUCGCCAACCAUCACUUACCUACUGCAUUAUUAUUGGAACACACACGGCCUAUUACUAGUCUGUCUCUGUCUGUACCUUGCCUUCACUGUCUGUUUUCCUGUCAUCUCAAUGGAAACCUGCGGAACUGUUUUGCAGCUAUUCGAAAUGGUAGUUACUACUUUUGAACAUCAAAUUCAUUGUUGUCUGCACUUAAAGAAUUGCCAAAACUGCUAUAAUGCGAAGGGGCCAAACUUUGGAACGUUGUUAUUCUCAUCAUUCAGAGUUGCACUUUAUUUUGUAUUAUUCAUAUGAACUAAGCUAUGUGGCUAAGCUGGACUAAAGAAAGGCAUUUGACUUUAUUGGAAUGUUAUGCAUUUUGACUGCUGUGAACAUUGAUUGCCAUGUUUGAAACUUAAAAAUUAGUUGUUGCUUAUUAUUAAAUGAAACCUGAUUAUUUCUAUUUAGUUCUGCUGUCACGGACUGAAAGGUAAUAUAUUUUAUAGAACAAUUCAAUUGAAAAAUUAUGUGUGAGUAUACUGUAUGAAUUAAUAAAAAUGCUGUACUGGAA